AUGGGGUUUUGCAGGAUGCCACAGUUGACCUGUCUUUGGCUGGGACUGAGGCUGGAGGCCUCACCAUGGCUGCUUUUGCUGCUGAUCGGAGCUUGCUCUCUGGCCCGUGUCCUGACUCAGAUCUAUGUCUUCUACAGAACAUAUCAUUAUCUUUGUGAUUUCCCUCAACCCCCCAAAUGGAAUUGGUUCUUGGGUCAUCUGGGCAUGAUCACUCCCACUGAGCAUGGUCUGAAGGAGGUGACAAAGUUGGUGGCCACCUACCCCCAGGGCUUCAUGACAUGGUUGGGUCCCAUCCUCCCUAUCAUCACUCUGUGCCACCCUGACACCAUCCGAUCUGUUCUCAGUGCCUCAGCUUCAGUUGCCCUAAAGGAAGUAAUCUUCUACAGUUUCCUGAAACCCUGGCUGGGGGAUGGGCUCCUGGUGAGUGCUGGGGACAAGUGGAGCCGCCACCGCCGCCUGCUGACACCCGCCUUCCACUUCAACAUCCUGAAACCCUAUGUGAAGAUUUUCAAUGACAGCACCAACAUCAUGCAUGCCAAGUGGCAGCGCCUAGCCUCAGGUGGCAACACCCGUCUGGACAUGUUUAAGAACAUCAGCCUGAUGACCUUGGACAGUCUGCAGAAGUGUGUCUUCAGUUUUGAUAGCAACUGUCAGGAGAAGCCCAGUGAGUAUAUUUCUGCCAUCUUGGAGCUCAGUGCCUUAGUAGCCAAACGGUUCCAGCAGGUGCUCCUACACGUAGACUCACUCUAUCAGCUUACCCAUAAUGGGCGGCGCUUUCACAAGGCCUGCCACCUGGUGCACAACUUCACGGAUGCGGUCAUUCAGGAUCGACGACGUACUCUCCCCGGGAAGCGUGAAGAUGAUGUCAUCAGGGCAAAGGCCAAGGCCAAAACCCUGGACUUCAUCGAUGUGCUGCUGCUGACCAAGGAUGAAGAUGGAAAGGAGCUGUCAGAUGAGGACAUUAGAGCAGAGGCUGACACCUUCAUGUUUGAGGGCCAUGACACCACAGCCAGUGGGCUCUCCUGGACCCUGUACAACCUGGCGAGGCACCCAGAACACCAGGAGCGCUGCCGGCAGGAGGUGCGGGAGCUCCUGAGGGACCGAGAGUCUACAGAGAUUGAGUGGGACGACCUGGCCCAGCUGCCCUUCCUGACCAUGUGCAUCAAGGAGAGUCUGCGGCUGCACCCCCCAGUCACGGUCAUCUCCCGUCGUUGUACCCAAGACAUGGAGCUCCCAGAUGGCCGAGUCAUCCCUAAAGGUGUCAUCUGCAUCAUCAAUAUUUUUGGAACCCAUCACAACCCAACUGUGUGGCCCGACCCUGAGGUCUACGACCCCUUCCGCUUUGACCCAGAGAAUAUCAAGAACAGGUCACCUCUGGCUUUUAUUCCCUUCUCCGCUGGGCCCAGGAACUGCAUAGGACAGACUUUCGCUAUGAACGAGAUGAAGGUGGCGCUGGCACUGACACUGUUGCGCUUCCGCGUCCUGCCAGAUGACAAGGAGCCGCGCCGGAAGCCCGAGCUGAUCCUGCGCGCGGAGGGCGGGCUGUGGCUGCGGGUGGAGCCGCUGAGCACACAGUGA